ACAUCACCAGUUUAAACCGAACACCGGCGCUAAGCGGAAGUCUGAGCAGUGUUGGUAUCGUGUGUAUUGUGUGUUUCAGUGUUUCUCGUCAGUGUUUGUUGUUUAUUUUUCUGUCCCGUGUAUCAGCACAGCGCGAGCGGCUCGAGCGUCAGUGUGGAGAUGAAGAAGAAGCGCGCGGAGAAGCGCCGCCAUGUUGUCGCCUGGAUGAACAAAGCGGAGUGGGAGCAGGUGGUGGAUUACCUGCACUCGCGCGAGCCCGCUUUACAGACGCACGCGCUGCACAGGAUCAGCGCGUGGAAGGGGAGGUUCGGGCCCAGUACUCCGGUCGCUGUAGAGAGCACGGCGAAUCUGGUGCGCUGUCAGAUUCUGGACCGGAGCGGGAAACUGGAGCGGGACGAUCUGGUGCUGCUGUACGGGAUGGCGCUCACCAGGUUUGUUAAUCUCAUAUUGGAGCGAAAACAAGGCCGAGUGGCGAAACCACUGCGACACCUCGCCAGCACUAUGAAUAUUCCAGAGUGGAUUGUGAAUCUGAGACAUGACAUCACACACCGCAGACUUCCCACGCUCAAAUGGUGCCGCAAAGGGUGUGAGUUUGUGUUAAACUGGCUGCAGCAGCAGUACUGGUCUCGGCAACUCAGCAGCCUGUCAGACUGGAACUCUUCAUCUGAGGAAGAGGAGGAUGAAGAAGAGAGUACGAGAAGGCAAGAGGAGGAAGAGAUGAACAGACAGAGAGAGAUCGAGAGACACAAGAGAGCGAGAGAGCUGCUGAUCUCCUACGAACGAGAACAGUUCCAGGUGUUUGAGGAUUUGUUAAAGCGAGGAUCAGCUCGAGGCUCGUGGCCCAACGCCAGCGCAGACCUCAGCUGGAUCCUCGCACAGAUACAACAACUCAACUCAGAGGCCAGAGAUGCACUGAUCAACACAUUAGUGCAGGAUGGGUUUCUGAUACCGACAGCGGAGCAGCUGGAGUCCCUGAACAUCAACCCGUCAGAGGAGCUGCUGGACCCGUUAACCCCGUGUGUUCCUGUAGAGUUCCUCCGCUUCUGGUUGCCGCUGCUGAAGGUUCUGAACUCGAGCUCGUUUAUUAAUCAGCUGCUGGAGAAGCUAUUCGCUGAGCUCACUAACGAGCCGACCAAUCACAGGGCUUAUUACACGUCAGCCUGGAUCUCUGAGAUUCUCCACUGCAACUGCAGGACAGAUGAGUCGAAGGCCUUCAGGAAGAUGAGGAUGAUGAAGGAGCGGUGGUUCAUUAACAGAGUGUCUCUCCGAUGGCACGAGCUCAUAUCAGCGUGUGUGAACGCACCGUGUGCUGCUACGCCGUUCCUGCUGCAACAGAUUUUGAUGGACAUGGAUAAGCCCCUCCCCCUGGACACGCAGCACAACUUGCUCCGCCUCUGCACCAUCUACACACAGAGUCACCUUGGCGACUGUGCGCCUGGCAACCUAGACUCCUCCCACCCUGUCUACACACUCCAGAACCUGCAGGAAAGAGUGGGCGGGGCCAUGCAAAACAGACACGCCCAAUCACCCGAUGACGCGACAGAACUGGCUCAGGCUCCGCCCACACAGGAAGUGCAGGAGCAGCUGAGUGCAGAAACAGUGCAGGAAAGAAACGCAGCGUUACGAGGGUCAGCGUGGAGUGUGUGUACAGAUAAGGUUCCCUGGAAGCAGUACCCUCUGGGGAAGGUUCCGGGUCAGACGGACGAUCCGUCGUGUCUGAUGGUGGAGACGUACUGCACGCUGACUGUGUUCGACCAGCAGGUCAAAGGUCACGGUCACCACGGCAACCAGAGUGUGCCAUUUCAGAGCAGAACCGGAUCAGACGGACCCCUGUGGACUCACAAUGACAUCACCAAGCUCAAAGCCGGACUAAAACUCUUCUAACACACACACACGCACACACACACACACACACGAGUGUGUAUUACAGUCUAACGUGUCACAUGCAUGAAUUUUUCAUAUUAAAUUCUCAAAUGAAUUAAAACGA